CCGUUGUUGUUACUGAUGGGACUAGUCUACCUUACCUACCACUAUAUAUGGGCACCGUAACUGCUAAUGAACCUGUGAUAUUGACACCGUUGUUGUUACUGAUGGGACUAGUCUACUAUUUGUUCUGUAGGCUGGGAGGGAAAAUUUCAAAUAUUUUAUAAAGAACAAUGGUGCUCAGAGUUUGUCGCUUGCUUUGGUAAAAGACGAUCAAAUAUGGUCAAAUGAGAUAUCUCUGCUCAUUUUUGGGAUCAUGUGGUCAGAAGCUUUUAAACCUAGCCAUGACACAAUUUAUAAAUUCCUGUAGCUUAUUUUCGCAUUUUUUAUGAAAUGUUGAUAAUAUAUUUUUAUAGUCGAUUUAAAGUUUCUGCACACAAACAGGGUCAGCUUACCCGUGGCCGCUGUCCUCUUGUUUGUCCUAUUUAUUACUACAUACAUGUACUGAUCCGUGAUGACUAACUGAUAUAAAGAUACCUGACUAAACACGAUGUUGUAUAUCUGUUAUAUUGACCUGCAUGUAAAAAUGCUGUCUUCUGCAAUGUACAAUGGAUGAAUGGUCGUCGCCGGAAAUAGACUUCCGGUGACUGACUUUACCGGAAGACGUGGUCGAUGUAAGUGAUAUUUACAUUCACAGUGUUAAUGUGGCUUGGUGACAAUAACAGAUAAACAAAAUGGACCGGAGUCAUAAAUAGGUUUUUUGUGAGAAUGGCCGCCCUUCCACCGCCAGUGCUUGCUGGGUCGGGUGACGACCACGGUAGACUUGGGAGUAACUACCUGGCUCGCCUCCUGAUCCCAAACGAUGUGGUCCUCGGAGUCUACCUUCUUGCAGGGUUGUUUGGUAACCUUCUCGUCAUAUAUGUUUACUCUUUUAAACUCAAGACCAAACGUGACAACCGCUUCUUCAUACCGUUCCUCGCAAUAUUCGACCUGCUGGCUUGUGCCAUAGGAGCCAGUUUUGCGAUGUCGCUCAACAUUCUACCUCUUAUAUACUACGGGGAUACGCUCUGUAAAACAUUGUGGUUUCUCAGCGAGGCAACGACCAUUGCGUCAAGCCUAUUACUGCUUGUGAUCGGCCUGCAGAGAUAUCUCAAGGUUUGCAGACCUUUUGAAGCUCAGAUGACUUCUAUGUGGAAGAAAAUAGCCCUUGUAAUGACAGUGGUGAGUGCAUGUCUCAUAUCGAGUCCUACCGUCUUGUUUUACGGCGAGAUCCAGUUGUAUACGUUGGCGAGUGUCACAGGUGUUAGGUGUGGCAAGCGGAGUGACGAUGAACAUCUCGUUCAAGGUCUCGUCAUCUAUAACAUCAUGUUGUUUGCUACAGCAGUCGUUGGGACUAUUACAAUGGCUGUGCUAUACGGCAUCAUAGCACGCGCCAUAUAUCAUCAAUUUCUUCGUCACAGAAAAUCUACGUACAAGAAAAAAAGGCAGCACGUUAAAAGCAAACCUUCUGACAAGUCGAACUCAUCUAUGUCGUAUGAUUCUGAAGACAAGGUCACGAUGCGAAAAGAAUAUUCUACAGCACCACCUUCGAAAAGUUCAAAUAGUUACCCAACAACGCAAGAAACGGAAAUAGAAUCCCAGCCAUCAUUUCCGGAAUCGGAUCUGGAAGAACAAUCAGUCGACGACUUUGAUGUUAUUGAAAGAAAAAAUACAAAAGAAAAGCUAAAAGAUGAGAAAGAAAAACGCAUAAAAAGACGUUCGUUUGAUGUAUUACGUGAAAAUAUUGAAAGCAUACGUGAAAAACUACAACGAGAGCGUGUUUAUAACCACUUUCGUGUACAUCGCUGUACGUACAUGUUCAUGACGAUCACGCUGAUUUUUGUGGUGUCGUAUACGCCACGUGUGGUACUUAUGUUACUGGAGUCGUUCGAACCAGACUUCUGGGGAUCGCUGUCAAACUCACAGAUGCAGGUGUGCUACUUCCUGUAUCGGAUGUACCUCCUUAAUCACGUGACCAACCCUUUCAUCUACGGAUUGUUCGACAGCAGGUUCAGAUCAAAAGCUAAACGGCUUUUGUGUCCGUGUUUGAUUACACGAAAAACACGUGUCAUUAGACAUUAACGACUUGUCUUUAAAGCAUCACUAUCAAAUCAUAGAUAGGAGUGGUUUUGGUAGUUUAUGUACUAGUAGUUGUCAGUAUCAUAAGGAUAUUGCCAGCACUUUUUUCUGGUAUCCGAUCAUGGAUACACCGUGUUACUAGAUUAUAUGGGGUGGUAAAUCGGUGGAUACUAUGUAUUACUUCACUUAAUUAAAACGAUCAAUGAGCAACUCGUGUCGGGACCUGUGUAAAGGUAGAUGCAUCCAACAUAAAUUUUAAAUGUAAAUCAUAAUCUUACCGUGCCGUGCGCUAGUUCGUUUUUCUAUAGGACGUAAAGACAGCUUUAUAUUGGAAUUGUAUAUAGCGUUCUGGUAGUUUAAAUCGUUACAAAGAUAAGUGUGGGAGAAAUAAAUUAGUGCAUUUGUAUACAGGUUUACAAAGCACUAUCAGCGAAGUGUUUAUAUGAGGCUUUUCGCUGACUUACACGAUGUUUAUACUGUCUAUUUGUGUUUGUUAACAAGAAGGUUUUAAAAUAUCAGUGGUACACGGUUUCCCUUUUGUACAAUAGGCUGCUUUAGGAUUGCUUUACAUGUAGUAAGGUCAACGUUUAAGGUUGUAUUUACUGUAAAUAGAACAUUCGAAUUUGCACCACAAUUGACGCCAAAAAACUUGCACUGUCGACUGGCCUUAAUCGAAAUACAAAAACAAAACUCCACCACAUAAACCUCAGUAUUAAAUACCAUGUAAUACCUCAACUUCCACACUUGGUGGUGGUUAAAAUACUGUUUAAUUUUACACACAUAAAUGUUAUUGUCGGCGAUUAAAACGUCACUUGGUGAGAUUCUAAUACUAAAGUGCAUGCACAUAAGUGCAGCGCUGGAUCUCAAUUUUAGUACAAAAAGACAACAGGAAAAGAUUGACGCCAAAGUUCUAAUGGCAACGAUUGUCGACUUCCUGAAUGGGGUUUUACAUUCAAAGUUUACAUACAUAACUGAUAGUAUACACGAUUCAUAACACACUGCAAUUCAUAAAUCAUACCAUACCAUGUGUGUACAUCUAAUAAAGUAAACGACCGAGACAAACAUGGACCUAAAAACUAGUCGGGUGACAUUAACGGCACUUUAUCUAUUACAGAAUCUAUCAACUAAUGUUCGUGUAAUGUGAUGAAAAAUGUAACGAGGGUAGAGAAAUAUAAAACCACUAGAAAAUGUCUGUAAGACGUGAAUACCCCCGCCGCCACGUGAAAUUAGUUUCAGUGUGUGAUGUUCUAUAAAUAGUUACAACCACUUUGACCUUUAAACAUGAAACAUAAACUCAUCCGAGGUUUUCUGUUUAUAAACUUUCAUCAAAUAUGUUAAAGAAUCGGUUUAUGAUUGUCUAUAUAUAGCAACCGUGACCUUGACCUUGACCUUGGAACCCUGAAAUACAAAAACGAUGUCCGAGGGUUUCGAUGUAUAAACUUUCAUCAAAAUCUGUUAAGAAAUGAAGUAGCUAGAGUGAUGACAAUGAAUCGAUUGAGGAUUUUCUAUA